AUGAAGUUCCAGCUACUCGCCUUGACCGCUUUUGCGCCUCUUUCUCUGGCCGCUCUUUGCGACCAGUACCAGAGCCAGUCCCAGGGCGGUUACAUCUUCAACAAUAACAAGUGGGGACAGGGCUCCGGCUCUGGUAGCCAAUGUCUCACCAUAGAUAAGACUUGGGAUGGAAAUGCUGCUUUUCAUGCCGACUGGAGUUGGUCUGGCAGCGCUAACAACGUCAAGUCUUACCCCUACGCUGGUCUCGAGUUCGGCCGCGGCAAGAAGGUGAGCUCUAUCGGCAGCAUCAACGGUGGUGCCGACUGGGACUACUCUGGAAGCAACAUUCGCGCCAACGUCGCUUAUGAUAUCUUCACUUCUGCCGAUCCCAAUCAUGUUACCAGCAGCGGUGACUACGAGCUCAUGAUCUGGCUCGGAAAGCUCGGUGACAUCUACCCCAUCGGAAACUCCAUCGGCAGAGUCAAGGCCGCCAACCGCGAAUGGGACCUCCACGUCGGCUACAACGGUGCUAUGAAGGUCUUCAGCUUCGUCGCCCCCAGCCCGGUUACUCGAUUCGACGGAAACAUCAUGGACUUCUUCUAUGUUAUGCGCGACAUGCAAGGCUACCCCAUGGACAAGCAGUACCUGCUUACCCUCCAAUUCGGUACUGAGCCCUUCACCGGAAGCAACGCCAAGUUCAGCUGCUGGUACUUCGGUGCCAAGAUCAAAUAA